AUGAAUUACUUAAUAAUAGUCACUCUUCUCUUAUUCACUGGAGCCGAUAAAAUCAGGUGUCCUCUUCAUAUUGACACAUCAGUAUCUUGUACAAAAGAAAAUUAACCUGUAUGUGCAUUUUCAUCAGAAGGAACUGUAAGUCUUUAAUUAAUAUUAAGUAAUUGGGAACAUUUGAGAAUCCUUGUUUUGCUUGUAGAGUUGAUAAAGUUAGUUAUUAUGAAAAUGAUGCAUGUAUCAUGACUACAGCAUCUUUAGAGUCAAUGAAUUAAGUCUAAGAAAACAUAUCAACAUCAUCAAACUAAAAUAUAAUAUACAAAUGUGGUGAUACUCUAAAAUCUGAUAAUCCUAUAUGUCCUCUUGCUGUGUAAUAUUUUAAUCAUUAAUAAAUUUAGUUUUAAACCUACUUGUGGAUUAUUUAAUUCGAGUAUCCAAUGCUUUAAUGCUCCCUGUGGUAAAUCUUUUGGAAAUGAAUGUGAAGCUUGUUCAGAUAAAAAUGUAGAUUCCUAUUUUUAUGGAGAAUGUGAUGAUAUUCUUAAAGAGUAUCUUUUUAUUUUAAUAAUUUUAGAGAUCCAUAAAUUCCUCCUAUUGAUGAUAAUAUAAUAUAUUGCACAGAACCCAGACCUGAAAUUUGUACAAAAGAUUAUAGAGAAACAUGUGCUUUAAUUUCUACACCUUGUUUUUCUGAAUCAUGUAUGAGAUCUGCUGGAAACUAUUGUGAUGCUUGUUCUAAAAAAGAUGUAGUAGGAUAUGUUAAGCAAACAUGUGCUAAAUACCAGUAAACAUUUAUUCUAAUUGAUUUAGAUAAACUUAUAUUUAAGAUAAAGAAAUAAAAUCAGAUAAUUAAAAUGAAAACUAAGUUAUAUAAUAAAAAUGUAGUGCAUAGAAACCAAGUUCUUGUGAUAAUAUUGUUAAAGAAGUUUGUGUAACAUAUAAAUGCAAUGACACUAAUUGUCUCAAAGAAUAUUAAAAUGAAUGUUAGGCUUGUUUAGAUUCAACAACUAUUUCAUAUAGUUAUGGAAAAUGUUAAAGUUAAACACUAUUUGAAACUAUUCUGGGUUUAGUAUUAUUUUUAUAGUUAUUAAUGUGA